AUGAUGAACCAGCAGUCCAGCAGGCUGUCCCAGGCCACCAAGGGCUUUAGGGCCUGCUCUGCUGUUGUGGUGUCUGGCCAGAGCUGUAUCAGCCCCACUAGGUCCCAGUCAGCCUCACGCUCUGGGGGAGGCAGUAUCUCCACAGCCUGUGCCUUGGUAAGGGGUACCUUUGGUAGUCAGAGCCUGUACAGCCUUGGGGGGAGCAAGAUCUCAAUCAGUGUGGCCAGAGGUGCCGCCCAGACUGGGAUCAGAAAGGGUUGCUCGGGUGCCUUUGGAGGGAGCCUGCGUGGGGCUGGAGGAAGGGGCAUGAGAAGUAGCUCUGGAGGAGGCUCCUUUAGCAAUAGAGGGAGACCUGGUGGUUUGGGAGGCAUUCCUGGUGGAGCCGGGGGCCUUGGGGGUUCAGGGGGCUUUCCCCUCAGCAUCCAGGAGGUGACCAUCAACCAGAGCCUCCUUCACCCCACGAACAUGGGGAUCGACCCUCAGAUCAGGGAGGUGAAAACCCAAGAGAAGGAGCAGAUCAAGACUCUCAAUGACAAGUUUGCCUCCAUCGACAAGGUGCGGUUCCUGGAGCAGGAGAACAAGGUGCUGGGGACCAAGUGGUGCCUCCUGCAGGAGCAGUCGGCCACCUCCAGGGCCAGCGUCAAUGACCUGCAGUCCUUCUUUGAGUCCUAUACCAGCUGCCUCCAGGCUCACCUGGAUAGGCUGCUGAGUGAGCGGGGUCAGCUGGAUGGGGAACUGAGCACAAUGCAGGCACUUGUGGAGGAGUAUAAGAGGAAGUAUGACGAUGAGCUUAACAAGCGCUCAGAGGCUGAGAAUGACUUCACGGUUCUGAAGAAGGAUGUGGAUAUAUCCUACAUGACAAAAGUGGACUUGGAAAUAAAAAUGGAGAGUCUGACCAGUGAAGUCAACUUUCUGAGAGCCCUUUUUGAAACUGAGUACAACCAGGUCUUGUCGGAAUCCAGUGAUAUGUCCAUCAUCCUGUCCAUGGACAACAACCGGCAUCUGGACCUGGACAGCAUCAUCACUGAGGUCAAGGCCCAGUAUGAGGAGAUCUCCCAGAGGAACAAGGCAGAAGCUGAGGGGCUGAACCAGGUCAAGCUUGGAGAGCUGCAGACUACAGCCAGCAGGUAUAGUAAUGACUUGAGGAGCACCAAGAAUGAGAUUGCAGAGCUCAACAGGAUGGUCCAGAGGCUGUGGGCCAAGAUUGAGAGCAUCAAGAGGCAGAAUACUAACCUGCAGACAACAAUUGCUGACACUGAACAACAGGGUGAAUGGAACCUCAAAGAUGCUCAGGCCAAGUUGGCAGAGCUCAAGAAGACCCUGCAGCAGGCCCAGGAGAACUUGGCCUAUCUCCUGCAUGACUACCAGGAGCUAAUGAACAUCAAGUUGGCAUUGGAUGUGGAUAUCGCCACCUACAAGAAGAUGUUGGAUGGCGAGGAGUGCAGGAUGUCUGGGGAGUGUCAGAGCCCAGUGUGCAUCCUUGUGGUCAGCCACACACCCGGCAGCAAGAACAUUAGCGCUGGGGGCAGCAGCAGCAGCAGCAGCAAUGGCAUCUGGGGCAACAGAGGUGACCAGGGCAUCUGA